AUGAACUCAGCUUUGACCCCACGCCGCACGUCGUGCUGUGUCGAAUUAAACCUCCCGCCUAGCCCGAGCGCCACAGGCCGGCCCCGCCCACUGCCGGAAAUGGUGGAACCGACUAUGGACGUACUUGCGGCCACGGUGCGGGAGGUCAAAGUGAUGCCGGAACCAGAAUCUCCCACCCCGCGCAAGCGGCUCGGAUCUCCGCCGCUGGAGCACUAA